AUGAGCGAGCUCCACAAGACCUUCGCCAAGUCUAAAUUGGCCAAGCUCCCCCCGGACGUCCCCAUGUAUGACGAGACCCUCGACGAGGCCCGGGACGAAGAGGGCUCUUCGGCGUCUUCGGUCUCGUCUACGGGAACUCUGGUUCCUUCACCGACUCAUCAUCUGUUUGCCCGAAGAAGCCAAGGAACCUCGCAAUCACUAGCAUGGACGGAUUUCUUUGCCCAAGAAUUGUUCCUGUCCGAGGAAGUUGACGACCUCCACAUCAUUCAUCAUAUCUACGUGACUCCACCGACCGAUUCAGGUCCACUCUUUGUAAUGCACCACGGUGCGGGUUCGUCCGGUCUGUCUUUCGCAACGUGCGCCGAUGAGAUCCGGAAGAUCCUACCGAAAGCGGGCUUCUUGUCCAUCGAUGCCAGAGGUCACGGUCGAACGGUCACGGUCCCGAUAUCUGAAAAGCUCGACCAGGAUAGCCCUUCUACCGCUGCCGUUGCGCAGACUGAAGCUACCUGUCAGGUCGAGCUUGACUUGCGUCUAGAGACCCUCAGUCGGGACUUGGUCUACGUGAUCGGGCAGGCGAAGUCCAAACUGGGCUGGGAGAACUUGCCAGAUAUUGUGCUCGUUGGUCACAGUCUGGGCGGUGCAGUCAUCACAGAUGUGGCGAAGAACGGCGAGCUUGGACCAAAGCUACUGGCGUAUGCGGUGUUGGAUGUCGUUGAAGGUUCUGCCAUGGAUGCUCUUCAGAACAUGGAGAAAUAUCUGUCUACACGACCAACGCGAUUCCCUUCAUUGGCAUCGGGAAUAGAAUGGCACACUCGGUCUCGCACAAUCCGAAACACAACGUCAGCUCGCGUAUCUGUUCCUUCUCUACUCUAUGAAGAAAGCGAACCUUCUGACGGGUCUCGCCCUUGGGUGUGGCGCACAGACCUUUCAGUCACGAAGCCAUUUUGGGAGAACUGGUUCAUCGGUCUCAGCCGAAAAUUCCUCGACGCACGAGGUGGAAAGCUGUUGCUUUUGGCUGGGACGGAUCGAUUGGACAAAGAGCUGAUGAUCGGGCAGAUGCAAGGAAAAUAUCAACUUCAGGUCUUCCCCGAAGCAGGUCACUUCGUCCAGGAAGACCAGCCUACCAAAACAGCCCAGGUACUGGUCGACUUCUACAGACGCAACGAUCGCAGCGCAUUGGUGCUGCCACCGAAGGUGGCGGACAUGCAGGCUGCAGCUGCUAUGAAGAAAGGAACGGGCGCAGCUGACAAGAAUAAUCAGUUAAAAUAG